GAAUUCAACACCGUUGUUGUUUAUCCAUCUCAUCUGCUUCUUCUCUUUAAUUUCCAUUUUGCGUAUAUUUUGCGCGUGGCUUUUGCUUUCUAAAGAACAUAUAUAAAGAAUGAAAACUGAUUAGUUUUGGAUGGUAGCCAGGAUAUGAUCUGGUCAGAAAUCAGCCCUGCUUGCUAUUCUUGUUGGGAUAGUUGGGUUGUGCAGUGUUGGUCUUCUGCAGAUGAACGCAAAGAAAAUAGAUUGCCAAGAACCAGUUAGUCAGAAUUUCGGAGUAAUCACCGAUUGUAACUCUGAAUUUGCUAGUCUUUCUUCCCAAUUAUCUGGAUUCAAGCAGCCUUGGCACUUGGGAACUUGUGCUCAGCCACAGGCCAUGGGGGGAGGAUCUCAACAGCAGUAUAUUAGGCCUGCUAAAUCAUCCAGCACCAUUAUGAGCCGUUUUGAAUCCCCAGCUUCUGCUUUUUAUGCAACCGAACGCUGCAUGGGAUUUCCACAGUAUAAUCGUCAAGCUGGUGAUCCCUCUUUGUGCUCCCGAUUUCCAAGGACUUAUGAUUCACAGUUCCCUUCUUAUCCAUCUUCAGGGGAAGACUUCUCCAUUGAUUCAGCAUAUCAAGCUGAUUCCAACGUUGAUAUGAGAAACACCUUGCAGGCAAUGUUGAAAACUCAGUUUUCUGGCAGUCAAUACAAUGGAUCCUCAAGCAUCAAUUCGCCAGGAUGUAAGCUUCUUCCACAUGAACAAAAUAAGUUUCUUGUUGAUGACACCACCUGCGGUGGGAGGAACCUUUUGCUUCCUUUGAAACGAAAUCGGGACCAUAUGGGUAAUUACAAUUCCUAUAAUUGCUUGUUCCCACAGCUGAGUUUCUCCUCCCCGCAAGAGAAGCAGUCUCCAAGACUUUCCCCUGAAAAUAUCUCUGUUACUGCUGGCAACACUGCCUCACCCGGCGCAGUACUCUCAAAUAAAACAAGAAUAAGGUGGACUCAAGAUCUUCACGAGAAGUUCGUUGGGUGUGUUAAUUACCUGGGUGGUGCUGAGAGUGCAACCCCAAAGGCAAUACUAAAUCUGAUGGGCUCAGAUGGAUUGACCAUUUUUCACGUGAAAAGUCAUCUGCAGAAGUACCGAAAUGCAAAAUACAUGCCAGAGUCGACAGAAGGAAAGUCGGAGAAAAGAAAUAGUAUGGGCAAUGUACCCCGGCUUGAUGAUAAAACAGACUUGCAGAUCAGAGAAGCACUGCACUUGCAGUUAGAUGUCCAGAGGCGUCUUCAUGAACAAUUAGAGGUUCAGCGACAUUUACAGCUACGAAUUGAAGAACAAGGGAGGCAGCUCAAAAUGAUGUUUGAUCAGCAACAGAAAACAAAUAUUAGCCUCUUCCAGAUUCACAACUUGGAUACUUCCUUUGCUCAAUCAUCUGAUGUUCAGGUUUCGAUUUCUGAAGGUUCUUUAAAUUCCCACUUGCCAUCGAAGAUAAGUUAGCUCCUCAAAGCAAGCCAUAUGAUCUUCUGCACAUACACAGUUCAGGUCUUAAGCAGUCCAUGGGGUCCUUGGAAAGGUUUGAUCUUUUGCAUAUUGAAAAUCAUCAACUAGGCAGUCAUGAGGUUCCUGCAAAGCUUGUUUCCUACAAUAGAAUCAAGAAUUAUGCAGCAGCCUAAUCAAGAAGAGCAGUGUGUUUGCGUUAACCUACAAAGUGAACUCAGCGAAUACUUACACAACGUGCAUACAACUGAGUCUACUCAUGCAUGACGCCCUUCAGAAAAGCAAUGCUCUGUAUACAUCAUGCAUCACUUGGGCAUAUACUCGUUGAAAAGCAUUCUUCUUGUAAUGCUCAUUUAGAGCUUUUGUGUUAGCGAACGAAUAAUGUUGUCUUGUAACAUGUCUGUUAAUGUACUUUUGUGUUGGUCGAAAGUUAGUAGAGGGAACACAUUUGGAAUUGGAUAUAAACACUGUAAUUCCUUUGAGCUCAUUAUGUAGCAAGUUUUAUUUUUGUAA